GCACUUAUGGAUCUGUGCAGCAAGUCUCCCUGUAAGAAUAAAGGUACAUGUGUCCAGAGUGGAGCCCAGACUCGAUGCGUCUGUCCAUCUGGCUGGACUGGUGCUUACUGCGAUGUGCCCAAUGUCUCAUGUCAAGUGGCAGCUUCACAAAGGGGAGUCACAGUGGACCAGUUGUGCCAGCACUCUGGUCAUUGCCUCAAUGUUGGAAACACGCACCACUGUCAGUGCCAGGUGGGUUACACUGGCAGUUACUGUGAGGCGCAGCUGGAUGAGUGUGACUCCAGCCCCUGCCAGAACGGUGCUACCUGCCGGGAUCACCUGGGUGGAUACCAAUGCGAGUGUGUGCCUGGAUACCAGGGUGUCAACUGCGAAUAUGAAGUGGAUGAGUGCCAGUUUCAGCCCUGCCAGAAUGGAGGAACAUGUAUAGACCUCGUCAAUCAUUUCAAGUGCUCCUGUCCACCAGGAACUCGGGGCCGUUUCUGUGAGGAGAACGUGGAUGACUGUGUUUCAGACUCAGGAGCACCCCGCUGCUUUAAUGGAGGGCAGUGCAUUGACCAGAUCGGGAGCUACAGCUGUAUUUGUCUCCCAGGCUUUGCAGGCGAGCGAUGCGAGGGAGAUAUCAACGAAUGCCUCUCUAAUCCUUGUAACCCUCGUGGAAGUCUGGACUGUGUUCAGCUGAUAAAUGAUUAUACAUGCAUCUGUCGUAGUGCUUUUACUGGUCGUCACUGUGAAAGUGUAAUAGAUGUGUGUCCCCGGAAGCCUUGUCAGAAUGGAGGUACCUGUGCUGUUGCCAGCAAUAUGCCGGAUGGGUUCAUCUGCCAGUGUCCUCUGGGUUAUUCUGGAGCAAAAUGUGAGUUCAGCAGCCAUAGUACUUGUGGACAAGUGAAAUGCAAGAAGGGGGAGCAGUGCAUCCAGACAUCUUCUGGUCCACGGUGCUAUUGUCCCAAGCUGUCUGUGGGAGAGGAAUGCCAGACAAACACGGGUUGUGCCAGUGCGCCCUGCCAGAAUGGUGGAAGCUGCCACCCUCAUUCUCAGCCUCCUUACUAUUAUUGUCAGUGCCCUGUUCACACCCAAGGCAGCCAGUGUGAACAGCCCGUAACAUUCAGCCCAGAGCCCCGAGGAUGUUUGGAUUCCCAGUGUGCAGAAAAAGCAAAAGAUGGCUAUUGUGAUGAAGACUGUAACACUCAUGCCUGCCAGUGGGAUGGAGGCGACUGCUCCCUGACAAUGGAAGAUCCUUGGGCUAACUGCUCCUCUUCAUUGCGCUGCUGGAUGCUUUUCAAUGGACAGUGUGACGAGUUCUGCAACACGCCCGAGUGCCUGUUUGACAAUUUUGAAUGUCAGCAAAAUAGCAAAACAUGCAAGUAUGACAAGUAUUGUGCAGAUCACUAUGCAGAUGGCCGCUGUGACCAGGGCUGCAAUAGUGAGGAGUGUGGCUGGGACGGUCUGGACUGUGCUGGUGACAAAGCAGAGAAGCUGGCAGAAGGGACGCUAAUAAUUGUGGUCUUGAUGCCCCCUGACGAGCUGCUGGGUGAUGUUCGCAGCUUCUUGCGCACUUUGGGAACUCUCCUGCACACCAAUCUGAGAAUCAAGCUGGACUCCCAGGGAAACCCCAUGGUAUUCCCAUACUAUGGGGAGAAAUCAGCAGCACGGAGUCGGCGAUCGCUUGUGGUCACUCGCAAGCACAGAGAACUAGAGCAAGAGGUCAUCGGCACCAGGGUGUUCCUGGAGAUAGACAACCGUCAGUGUGCAGAGGAUUCGGAGCAAUGCUUUCAGAACACAGAAGCUGCUGCAGCUCUCUUAGCUGCUCAGGCCAUCAAGGGCAUGUUGCCCUAUCCUUUUGUGUCUGUCCAAAGUGAACCCUUGUUACCACCGAAGACCCAGUUGCUUUACCUACUUGCUGUGGCAGCUUUGAUCAUCCUCUUAAUCCUUCUCUUGGGUGUGAUGAUGGCAAAGCGUAAGCGCAAACAUGGUUCGCUCUGGCUCCCAGAGGGCUUUAUUCUGCGCAGGGAUCCUAGUAAUCAUAAGCGCAGGGAGCCAGUUGGGGAAGAUGCUGUUGGACUCAAAAAUCUAUCAGUCCAGAUACCAGAGGGUAACCUGGCAGAUUCUGGACCAACUGAACACUGGGCAGGUGAUGGGGGACCUCAGCCAAAGAGAGCAAAGGCUGAGGAUCAAGCCUUGCUCCCGGAAGGUGAUGAGCAGAUAGAUCAGCGCCAGUGGACACAGCAGCACUUGGAGGCGGCAGACGUCUGUGGGAGCACGUCACUAGCCCUUACACCACCUCAAGCAGAUCAAGAAGUGGAUGUUCUGGAUGUCAAUGUCAGAGGGCCAGACGGAUGUACUCCGCUUAUGUUGGCAUCUCUGCGUGUGGGCAGCUCUGAUAUUAGCGAGGAUGAUGAGGAUGCAGAAGAUUCCUCAGCAAAUAUAAUAACAGAUUUGAUCUAUCAAGGCGCCAAUCUGCAGGCCCAAACAGACCGUACUGGGGAGAUGGCACUGCACUUAGCAGCCCGUUAUUCAAGAGCAGAUGCUGCGAAACGUUUGCUGGAUGCUGGUGCAGAUGCUAAUGCACGGGACAACAUGGGACGGACUCCCCUGCAUGCAGCUGUGGCUGCUGAUGCCCAGGGUGUCUUCCAGAUCCUGAUCCGUAACAGAGUGACGGACUUGGAUGCUCGGAUGAAUGAUGGAACGACCCCAUUAAUUCUGGCUGCACGACUGGCUGUGGAAGGAAUGGUGGCCGAGCUAAUUAAUUGCCAGGCAGAUGUGAACGCCGUAGAUGACCACGGUAAAUCUGCUCUUCACUGGGCUGCUGCUGUCAACAACGUGGAAGCAACACUAGUGCUGCUGAAAAAUGGAGCCAACAGAGACAUGCAGGAUAACAAGGAAGAGACACAGCUCUUCCUUGCUGCUCGGGAAGGCAGUUUUGAAGCGGCAAAAAUCUUGCUGGACCAUUUUGCCAAUCGAGACAUCACGGACCACAUGGACCGCCUGCCCCGAGAUGUGGCCCAGGAUCGGAUGCACCAUGACAUAGUGCAGCUUCUCAACGAGUACAAUGUGGCGCACAGCCCCGCUGGGCACCCUGGCGCCAUGCUGAACUCUGCCCUCUCCCCAGUCAUCUGUGGCCCGAAUAGGUCCUUCCUCAAUCUGAAGCACGCUUCGUUAAGCAAGAAGUCACGAAAACCGAGUGCCAAAGGCAUCAUGCCCACGAACCUCACCAAAGAUGCAAAGAGGAGAAGGAAGAAGUCCCUCAGUGAGAGCAAAGGGCAGUUUUCGGAGAGCUCAGUGACCCUGUCACCAGUUGAUUCCCUAGAAUCGCCCCAUGCUUUUGCAUCUGAACCAACAUCAUCUCCUGUGAUGCCAUCGCCGGGGGUGUUACACUCGUCGCCCAGCUCACUGCUGACUGCUCCAUCAGUGCAGGCUGCGCACACGAUGUCCUUCUCCAACCUCCAUGAGAUGCAGCCCUUGGGACGUGGAUCCAGCACCGUGCUCCCGUCCGUCAGCCAGCUGCUUUCGCAGCACAGAACCACCCCUCCUAACAGCGGGCUUGGCAGGCUCCGGCCAGCCAAUGUUUCCACCGAGUGGAUGAACCGUAUGGAGGUGAACGAGUCCCAGUACAACGAGAUGUUUGGCAUGGUGCCGCAGGUGAUGCAUUCACACCCCAGUGUUUCUCAGCAGAGCGGUUUGGUUCAAGCAGAUACAAAGCACAUGGGAGUGUCCAGGGAGUCUCUGCCCCCUAUCAUGACUUUCCAGCUGGUUCCCAAGGGUGGCAUAAACCAGCAAGCACUGCCACAGCAGACCCAGUCAAACUGCGCUCAGAACAUGGCUGGUCCUCUUAGCUCCAUGUACCAGAUACCGGAUUUAGCUCAGCUGCCCAGCGCCUCAUUCUCCAUGGCUGCCAUCCCUCAGCAGGACGGGCAGGUGGCUCAGACGGUCCUCCCGGCCUACCACCAGUUCCAGAGCUCGAUGGGGAAGUACCCCACGCCUCCCUCACAGCACAGCUGCUACUCCUCGGCCACAGAACGGACUCCUAGCCACAACCGGCACUUACAAGGGGAGCACCCAUACCUGACUCCGUCACCCGAGUCUCCAGACCAGUGGUCAAGCUCCUCCCCACACUCUGCCUCUGACUGGUCUGAUGUGGCAACCAGUCCCAGUAACAACCAGCGCGGGCCGGCGGCCGCUCACAUGACAGAGCAGCAGCGGAACAACAUGCAGGUGUAUGCCUGAAGGCUGGCCAAGGUGAAGCCCGAUUAAAGCGGACUCCAGAACUCAUGAAGGUCUUCCAGGAUGGAAAUGAAGAACCAUUUUAGUAUCCAAGAGUCUUAAUGAGCCCAGGCUGUUCUUUCCUUGGAGGGACUGUGGUCGCUGUAGGCUUGUAUGCUUUUAUGCUAAACAGAGAACUGUAGAAGCUGGUGACGGAGAAGACCAGCUGGGUCACUUCUAACCAACUCCCAUGCACCUUGGGUGUGAUUGCUGUCUGCACUGGAUUCUCCAGUCUGCUUUUAAAUAUGUUCCACCAUUUCUCUGGGGAGACAGCUCUUCAGCUUAAUGCAUCUCAUGGUCGUUUCUCCAGAAAUUUAGCCAAAACCAGCUUUGUAUCCUUAUUUUGUUACUCCUUUUGUUACCCACAUAACCUCUCUCUGAAGCACCUUCUA